AGAACAAGGUAAAGUGUGUUUUGCUCUUGCGGCAGCCAUUUUACGUGUUUUGGAGAAAAUUUCUCGCUAUGUCCACGUUGCAAACGCCUUCGGAUAAGGAUGCGCUAGCUCUUUUAGCGUUAAAAUCCGCACCAUCAAGUCCUGCGAAGGUGACAUGGAAUACAGACCAGAAGGGACGAGCUAUCGCUCGAUUGGAGGGGAGAGACUUUGAGUUUUUGAUGCGACAAAAUCGCGUCACGAUUGGUCGCAACAGUAGCAAAGGAGAGGUGGAUAUAAAUAUAGGUCACUCUAGUUUUAUAUCGAGAAUACAUCUAGAGAUUACUCAUGACAGCUCGAACUUUUAUUUGAGAUGUCAAGGAAAGAAUGGAGUGUUCAUUGACGGCGUUUUUCAAAGGAAAGGAGCGCCAGCACUACAGUUGCCGCGAUCAUGUGUGUUGCGCUUCCCGAGCACGACUAUCAAGAUAGUGUUCCAGGCCCUGCCACCUGAGGAAAUUAACGCAUCCGUAUCAAGUGCUAAGACAACAGCAACAACUACCGCUACGCCUACGGUGAAGCUAGUAGAGCCAUGUGCUCCCCCUCCUCCUGACAUGUGUAUGCCCAGCCCUCCAAAACGGAAGCCAAUGCCCACUCUGAAAAUAAACAUUCCCGAACAUCAGGAAGCAAGCUUCCAGAGCCCGUGCGUUUCCCCCACUGGAACAAUCAGUGCUGCCAAUUCAUGUCCUGCUAGCCCGGGAAGUGGGGUAAUCCAUCGACCAAUGCUAGUGCCAAAUUUAGAAAUGGCUGCCGUUUUUGCUGCUGCCCAUGCGAAGGAAGAGAAAGACAGUCAUACAUAUGUACAGAGUGACGGUCCAAAAGAUGAAUCAAAACCGCCAUACUCAUACGCCCAACUAAUUGUGCAGGCCAUUACAUCGGCUACGGACAAACAACUAACACUGAGUGGAAUAUACGCAUAUAUUACAAAAAAUUAUCCUUAUUAUAGAACAGCGGACAAAGGCUGGCAGAAUUCAAUUAGACAUAACCUGUCCCUAAAUCGUUAUUUCGUCAAAGUCCCUCGGUCGCAGGAAGAACCUGGUAAAGGAUCGUUCUGGCGAAUAGACCCAGCAUCUGAAGCUAAAUUGGAAGCUCAGGCAUUCAGACGGCGGAGACAGCGAGGUGUACCUUGCUUUAGAGCUCCGUUUGGAGGUCUUUCAACAAGAUCGGCUCCAGCGUCACCUAGCCAUAUUGGUAUCAGUGGGACAUUCACCCCUGAUAGUUUAUCAAGAGAAGGUUCGCCCAUCCCAGAAAGUGCCAAUGAUUCAAAUGAUUCCGUAUCGCACCCACACACAAUUGUAAAUCAACCCAUCUCACACAUAGCUAAUGACAUUAGAUGGACACAGUCAGCGCCUGGCUCACCUGUUGGUUCAAGGGUCAUGUCGCCAACGUUACCCGGAGCAGUGCAUCAACAUAUGCCCUCGGUUAUCACAAAGCCAAAGAUCCUGGUGUCGCAACCUGCUGUCAUGCAAAGCGUAGUAUCAUCUUCUGUCAAUGGACCGUCAAUAACAAAUGGGAACUCACAAGAUGGAAAAAGGGAUGAAAAAGCAAUGACGUUCUUAUCAGGGAGUCAACCAAAGACCAUGACGAUGUUAGUGCCCUCCAGUUUUCAAAAUCCACCUGUAAUCAAACAAGGAGCCAUGGUUACUGCUGGUCUAAUGAUGCAGCCAGUCUCUCAAACAUUACAAGCGGUCGCAGCAGGACAGCCCAUCGUGUUAGCUACUACAGCCCAGCAGCCAGGCAUGCCACAUGUCAUGCAGCAGCGAUUCGUUACUGCUAUACCACAAAUGAACUUUGUGUCGCAGUCACAAAUAGAGGCACAGCCACAGGCCGCCAGUGAAACAAUCGCCUCUGCUGCCAGUGCUCCCUCGACAGAUGCCAGCUCUGUUACACAAGCUUCAAGCCUGCCAACUUCACAGCCAUCAUCAGCCCCACCCCUCAAGCACUCAUUAGACGAUGAAUCUGCUAAGUCUGAAGAACCCGAGAGUAAAAAAAUAAAAUUAGAUGUAAAGUCUGAUAGUAAGGAGGAAAAUUUGCCGUUAAAUUAAUGCUUUUAUUACAAGAUGUUUUUAUGCAUUUUUAUACUUGUACAUGGAAGGUUAUUUGGUUGUACUGAAUGUAUACUGUACAAAUGGCCUGGCACUAACUUUGAGAUCUGAUGGCGUUUCGCGUGGACAGAUGCGUUGAGAAACCGGUGUAGAAUGCUUUGAAAUGUUUUGGAAGUUAAAAAGGUUCAGAUCACUUUUACCGCCAAUCCAUCUCAAAUUGUCAUGAUAUCGAUCCAGUUUGCCUGGUGGGGCAUUCAGUUUUUGAAAAGCCUGCGGGUGGCUUUUUCCAGUGCGGCUAGUUGGUUAGCCACCUGCAAGUCACUGGAAUAUUGGGCACACACUGUACUUUUACCAGGCUCUGACAUUGGAAAUAAUAGUUUAGUACAUGUAGUAAAGAGUGUCUCAUGAGCCAAAUCUGGCUGGCGCUUUCAUUAGAGGUGGCACUGUAAUAAACAAAAAAAAAAGGAAUAUCCGGAUUUUUGGAAGUUGGUGAAAAGCUAUGCCGUUGUCUGAUUUCGUCAGAAUGUCAUCAGUUCUCCAGAGUGAGAAAACAUUUCUGUGGGCCUUGGUAAGAUCCCUUACAAUGAUACUAAACUGUUUCUGUAUGAGAGGUGUGAUAUACUAAGUAUAGUAGUACUCUUUCCAAGAAAGUGUAAUAAUUUUAGGCGAUACCUAGUAGUUAGGUAUCAUGUAGUUGAUAUUGAUAAUUUUACCUUUUACACAAGCUUUAUACGACUCAGGGACUAGAGUGGGGCAUAGAGGGUUAACAAUAAAACUUGUGUAAAUUAUAUAAGUUAUGGUAGAAAAUAAUCUGGUUAAUUUCAGUAUGUGCUGAUUUAGAUCUCUUAUUAUUGCAUCUUGCCAAGGUUCACUGAAUUCACCUGUUGCAUGUUGUACCCCUUUGACCCUUGGAAGUAUUGUAAAAUUUUGAUUGUUCUGGUCUUGUGCUGUCACUGUAUAAUUGAUUGUCCAUUGGUUUUGGAUGAUAAUUGCCCGCUUGACGAGUCUCAAUUCAAUUGGAGAGUCUGAAUUCUCCUUUUCAUUUCCUGCGCCUCAGCCAGCCUCAAACAAGGAUAAAUGAAACUUCAAAAUACAGUGGAACCCCCCUUAGCAAACACCUCUCUAUUAAGGACAACCUGUACAUGUAUAUUAAGGACACCAGUUUUAGUCUUGAAGUGGUGGUUUCUAUUCAAUUUGACCUCCCUAAUCAGGACACCUCUCUAUAAAGACAGUAAUUAUCGGUCCCGAGGGUGUCCUUAAUAGAGAGGUUCUACUGUAGCUGCAUGUGUUAUGGAAUUACUACAGUUGAUAAGACAUAAAGGGAAAAAGUUUUUCCGCAGACUGAAUCAGGCUUACUGAACCAACUGCUGUACCUGUUGGUGGAGCUUGGUAAACAUAUUUUUGAAUGGAAUAGAAUGCAUUUUUCAUGUGUGGUGAAAAAGGAAAGUUAACCUUUUCUGUUAGAAAAGCCAUCGUUGACACUGAUUUGUGUGGGAAAUAUGGAGGAGACUAUUCAUAGAAGUUUACUUUCUCCCACGCAAUCCUAUCUUGUCGAUGAAUAUGAAAUGAUUCACUCAAACGUGCUGCAAAAUGAUCAGGUAAAACCAGAAGAAAAUAGAAAGUCUGGAUCCCUUGUCCUGCAUUAUGAAUUGCCUUCAGCAUACAGGGUGUUUGAAAUAUACAAGAAAAAACCAUUGGCGUUUGGUCUCCCGCAAGUAAAGUUUGUUUGAACAUGUCCGUAUGUGAACAAAAAUGCCCCGAUCUGCUGUAUUAAAAAAAAUGAAACUUGCUUUCUCUGUAAUAGCUUACUCAAAAUAAUUUCUUUCAACCCUGUGGCCACCCUCGAGAAUGUCAUUUGUCAUAAAGAUCGAAACAAAACUGUAAAUAGGGCAGGAGAAAAGAAUAGGACACGUCGUCUGGAAUAAUUGGUGGUUCCUAAAUUCAGUUGUAACUUAGCGAGUGUUAAGAGUUCAAAUUUGUUGUAUGAUUUUAUCGUCAAAGAAAGUUUCUGACUGAUAAAACUCUGGACUGAUGCUGAUGGGCUGUCAGCAAGAAAUUAUGUUAUUUUCUCUUGCAGUCAGUGAAUAUAUUGUUACAAGCUCAUCAUUUUGCCCCUUUUGAGGGACUUCAUAGACUUCAGCUUUAUACAAGUGAUAUGUGGCCUUCCGCUAAGAAUCUUUGAUAUGAACUUUCUUGUAGUUCAAUUGUGCCACUAUCUGUUCAUAAUAUCUGUUGUAGUUGUACUUAUAAUUGUCACAACUGCCAUUGAUUGUAACUGUAAUUACCUCAUCGGAGAAUAAUCAUCUAUGACCAUGGCCAUUGGAGGUCAUCAGCCUGUAGCUUUGUCAUUGAAAUUUUAUUUAUGUUGCAGUUUUGUAUAAAAAACUAAAUAAUUGGAAGACUGAAGUAGCAGUUGUAGCCCCAUAGGGCCAUGUUUUAUAGUUAUUAUUGGUCUGUAAAUGAUCUAUGUGCAGUUCUGGAAAGUUAACUAAGAUGGACAUGUACUACACCUUCCAUUGAAAAAUCUUAUGCAAGGCAUUACACAAUGUACAUUAAACAUUAUAUUGUCUUUACCAUA